AUGGAUGAACAUACCUCUGAUGAGGUUACAUGUACCAAAUAUUGUGAAGAAGUAAUUUCUUUGGAUGAUACAAAUGAAGCUGUUAUUUUGCUUUGCGCCAAAAUAGUAAAAAACUUAAAAGAAUUACCAAGUAUUCUGAAGAGUGUUACUUCUCAAGAUGAUCUAUGCUCAUAUUUGCGUUACUGGUCUUAUGAAAAAAUAAUAGAUAUAUUUAAUAAAUAUCCACCAAAAUAUAAUAAUUAUUCUGUCCUUAAUAAACUCAAUUAUGUUCUGUUUACAGUUAAUAAUGAUUUAAAAGCAGAUAAAUGGUGUUCCUAUAAUUUUGAUGGUAUUUUUAGUAAAUGGGAAAAAGAGAAAGAGCUACAUGAUUAUUUUAAAAAUUUUGAAAAAAUAAAUGAUAAUAUUGAUAAAAAAACUAGUAAUUGUAAUACAUAUUUGGAAUACCUUAAGCACAUUAGUGAACUGUAUAUGAAAGAUCUAAAAUAUUGUUGCGCAUAUUAUACUAAUCCUGAUCCGGGUUAUUUAGAGAUGUGUCCAAAAUAUUUUAAAUGUGAAAAGAAAUAUUUUCCACAUAGCCUCAUAUCGAAGUUAAAUUGUAAAAAUGAGAAGAUAGAUACAAACGUGGAUGAAAUAUUUAAAGGUUUAUUCGUUGAUCUUGGUGUUGUAACGAUUAUAAUCAAAAACGACGUUUUAUUUGAAUAA